AUGGCUGAAGCUAUAGGACUUGCGUCGGGCAUCGUCGGCCUAGCUACAGUUGCUGUGCAGGUUACCGAAAUAAGUUACAGAUAUUAUACAGGAGUGAAGGGAGCGCCAACGGAGAUUAAGGAGCUUUUGGAUGAGCUGAACUCACUUAGCCAGGUACUUAACGCUCUGAAAGAGGUGGCCAAAAAGAGCCCACACUCAACGGCUCUGCGGAAACUCAGUGAAAGCAUCAAUGGUGUCGAUGGACCUCUUCCACAAUGUCUCGAUAUGUUAAAUGAUCUCAAGACUAAGUUGGAGCGUUCGAAGUCUGAACAGGGACGAUGGAGAAGAUUCUUGCAUCGUCUCAAAUGGCCACUUGUACAAGGAGACACCCAGCAAUAUAUAAGUCGAAUUCAAAGACAGAGGAGUCUUUUGACCACAGCUUUGAAUAUUGACCAUCUGUCGUUAUCGACUGAAAUCAGAGAAUCUGUAGGCAAAACGGAGAUAGCCAUCCGAGACCUUCAAACCCAGGCGGAGGAAGAGAAAAAAGUCCGCUUGGCGGAAAAACAGACUAAAAAAUAUCAAAAGACUCUCCACUGGUUGCACCCUUAUGAUACAGUCACAAAGCAGAUUCACAUUACUAGCAGGCGACAUCCGAACACUGGGGGAUGGAUCUUUGAAACGCCUGAGUUUAAAGCAUUUGAGAAGGCGUCUAGUCUAGGAUCUGGAUCUCAACUACUCUGGGGCUAUGGCAUUCGUAUGUUUGACCGACUUGAGCAUUUUUUGGAGACGGCUAUUGACUGGAAGCGCAAUCGUUACAGCUGGAGCUGCUCCUUUAUAAUCGACUAUUUCCUGGGUAAAGCAGCGGCACAAGAUUAUGGAGUAGCCUAUGUAUAUUUUGAUUUCAAAGAGAAAGAUACGCAAACGCCGCUGCACACCCUGGCUAGCUUGGUCAAACAACUUGCAUCUCAAACCAAGACUCUCCCAGCAGAGCUCGACAAGCUCUAUGAUAGAUGCAUGGAUAACGCGGUUGAGGGCAGGCCAACGUUCGAGGAACUCUACAAUAUCCUCAACAUUCUUUUUAAAUCAUUUAACCAAGCUUUCUUGAUCUUUGAUGCGUUGGACGAGUGUGACCAAAGGGAGCAGCGGACAGAACUUCUUAAACUGAUUCAUCGUAUGAGGAACGAUGGAGCUAACAUGUUUGUGACGAGCCGCCAGCACCCAGGUGAUAUCCAAGAAUCCUUUCGUGAAGCUCAGAAGAUUGAACUGUCAGCACACGGUGAAGACAUUGCCACCUAUAUUCGCCAGACCAUCAACAACGAUCUGCAAGCAAAGCGUCUUAUUAAACAGGCAAAAUGCGAGAAACGGAUUGUGUCCGAGCUUACUGAAAGUGCACACGGGAUGUUUUUGAUGGUCCAUUUCCACGUUGAGUACUUGUGCCAGCAAACGACUGGGAGGCAGAUACUGUCCGCUCUUGAGAAGCUAAAAACAUCUUCGGCCGAUGGGAGACCUUUAGACAACACAUACAGAAGAGCUAUGGAGACAAUUCGCGGGCAGACUCUUGUACGGGCAAAGCUAGGGAUGGACGUGCUCUCGUGGCUGGUCAACUCAAGGCGCCCACUUACGCUGGAAGAACUUCGAGUUGCAAUAUCAGUAGAGCCAGGACGGUAUGAGCUCGACGAUCUAAACUUGCUGGUAGAAAUGACAACGAUUCUCGAUGUCUGUGCCGGUCUUGCCAUGUUUGACAAAAACGGCAACACUAUCCGUCUGGUCCACUACACCGUGGAGGAAUACAUCUUGGAGAACUCAGUGCUCCAGGGCGCAGAAUUCACACUUGCCAUGGCCUGCACUACUUUCCUGUCCUUUGAUAUCCUUGCAAAAGGGCCCUGCUCGGACAAAGUCUCGUUUAUGGCCCGGGUCAAGUCGCACCCUUUUCUCCUCUAUGCAGUGCGCUAUCUACGCCAUCAUCUUGUGCAAUGUGACGAGACCUUGUCGGUUGAUAUGGUCCUCAAGCUGUGCGAGAGCCCCGGCAACGUUUCUUCCUAUUACCAAGUGGAGGGCUGCUAUGAUGAGAUUGAAAACUUUUACCUCAAUUUCUAUCUCAACUGUCAGAACUAUCCAAAGGACGUUCCAUCUCUUCAUCUGGCGUCCUCACUGGGACACUACCAAGCAGUUCAAGCUCUACUUAAUAAAGGAGCGGAUAUAUCAUUGCAAGAUAGUAGCGGCUUUACAGCGCUGCAUGCAGCAGUUCGUGAUGGUCCAGCUUCAGUAGUACAACUACUCAUUGAUAGCGGGGCCGACAUACUAGCCCAAGAAGAAGAAGGAUGGACUGCCCUGCACAUAGCUGCCUUGUGGGGCAAUUACGAUGUAGUGAAACUGCUUCUUGAUAACGGGGCCGAAAUAUCGACCCAGACCCACGAAGGCCACACAGCGCUCCACCAAGCUGCUAGGGUCCAAAGCUAUGAAGUGGUGAAGCUACUCAUUGAAAAGGGUGUUGAUAUAUCUGCCCAGGAUGAUACUGGAUUCACUGCAUUACACCUAGCAGCUAACGAGGGCUAUGACGAGAUAGUAAGACUGCUCAUUGAAAAAGGAGCGGACGUCUCUACCCAAGCCAGAGAGGGAGAGACACCUCUGAAUCUAGCCUCCAGAUAUGGCCAUGAGACGAUUGCAAAGCAACUAAUUCAACACGGGGCCGAUAUAACAGCCAAGGACAAGCACAGCCGCACGCCGCUGCACAGGGCCGCCCUACACGGCCACACCGCCGUAGUAAAACUCCUCCUCGACAGCGGCGCCGACAUCACCACCCGAAACGGGAACGAAUGGACGGCGCUGCACCUCGCUGCAGACGACGGCCACACUGCCGUCGUCCGACUCCUCAUCGACCGCGGCAUCGACAUCUCCGCGCGCGCCGAGUUCGGCCACACAGCGCUCGAAUUCGCCGCCACCAACGGCCACGCCGAGGUGCAGCGCGUGAUCGUCCAGAAGUUCGCCGAAGAAUCGCUCACGACCGACGGCGGCAGCAGCGGGCUGAUUGAGGCCGCCAUCCACGGCUGCGACGCUGUCGUAAAGAUGCUCAUUACCAGCGGCGCCGACAUCGCUGCGCGCGACUGGGACGGCUCCACUGCGCUACACGGCGCGGCAAGAAACGGCCAUACAGACAUCCUAAGACACCUGCUCCAGUGCGGCGCUGACAUCUCCGCCGUCGACACGGACAACCAGACGGCGCUGCACUCCGCCAUCUUCGCCGGCCAGCGCGCGGCCGCAAAGCUCCUCAUCGACAGCGGCAUCGACAUAUCUGUCCAGAACAUCCUCGCCGAGGCCACGGCGCUCCACCUCGCGGUCGAGGACAGCUGCGACACACUCGUCGCCCUCCUCCUCGAUAAGGGCGCGGCCAUCAAUGCGCAAAACACCUUCCAAGAAAGCGCGCUGCACCUCGCCUGCGAAGGGGGCCGCGACCCCGUAGCGGCCAUCCUGAUCGACCGCGGCGCCGACAUGGCGCUCCGCGACAACCAGGGCCGCAGUGCGCUGCACCGCGCCGCGCAGAACGGCUGCGAGGCCGUCGUGAAGGCGCUGCUGGAUAAGGGCGCUGAUAUCGGGGCGAAGGAUAAGGGUGGCGAGACGCCGCUGCAUGUGGUGGGCCAUGUGGCGGUAGCGAGGUUACUGGUAGAUGGGGGCGCGGAUAGAAAGGUGGGGGAUGGGAAUGGGAGGACGCCGGGGGAGGCGGCGGGGGAGAGGGGGCUGGCGAGGGUGGCGGCGGUGAUCGAUCCGAUGCUUGUGCAGCCGGUUGCGGGUCGGGGUGGUGGUGGGGGGAGGGGGAGGGGGAGGGGGAGGGGGAAGGGGAAGGGGAAGGGGAAGGGGAGGGGUGGCAAAUAG